GAAGGGCCACACUGGAAAAGUCAGCCGUAAAACGAAACAACAGGUUCGCAGCUAAAUUAUAGGACAUUCAAAAUGAGCAAGGGAAUCCGUUUGGCCGUCGUCAAGGAACACAACAAGGCCCAGGACCUAUGGGUGGUCAUCGACAACAAGGUGUACGAUGUGACUAAGUUUAGGCUUGAGCAUCCCGGUGGCGAGGACUCCCUGGUUGAUGUGGCCGGACGCGAUGCCACCAAGGACUUUAAUGAUGUGGGUCACAGCUCAGAGGCGAGAGAGAUGCUGAAAAAGUACUACAUUGGCGACCUGGAUGCUGCCGAUGUUGCCAAGAAAAGUCCAAUUAGCUGCCGUCAUAUCGCAGUGGGCCUCGGCGCAGCCUUCAUCGCGAUCACCCUGGUCUACGUGAUCCGACGCGGAGUGGCGAGAAACUAGCCUGCUUCGGCUCCAUUCCUUGAUUCCAGAGAUAUUCUCCAACUGAAGUGAACAUUUUCCAAGCAUUUGAUAUUAAAUAAACUGUACAAAUCACUCAAAUACAAUAUUUAAUGUAAAUCAAAAAAUAGACUCGAAAAGUAAAGUAUAAACUAAUAAUGCAG